AUGGGCUCUUCGACUGCUUCCCCAGAGACAAGUCCAGCGAGGGCUGACAAAGCUAGAAAACCCGGAAGCGAAAUUUAUGUUCCUAAACAAAGACGUGGCUCAACUGGCGAAGAGUUAUCUCCGGUUGGAGAUUUUGCUAAUAAUAACAUUAAUGACACUUCUGAAAACCAAGAUAACGGAGUCAUUAGAAAAGGUCGAGGCAAAUUUCGUGGUCCUGGUAGUGAUACUCAACAAGACCAACAAAACUCUCGCGCUCCGAGAGGUCGCGAUUUUGAUGCAACUGUUUUACGACAAUAUCCACCCAAAGGAGGUGAAAAACCUUCAAAAGGUCAUGCUAAGAAAAAAUCAAAAUCUGAUAGUAGACGAAAUAGCAAUGGGCAACAAGGCUCUGAAAGUGGUGGAUCCGGUAGUGAAAACAAUGCUUCCGACGACAUCACCAAAAUUACUAAUUCACUUGAAAAUGUCAAUAUUGGUGAUAACGAAAAUGAUAACAAUCCUACCAUUCAAAUUAACGACACAUCAACAAUCCCUCAAGAAGGACAACAAAAUGUUGAAGAAUGGGAAAAGAAUGUUGCGAAUGGAGAGGUGAAGACUAAGGAUGACGUCUCUAGCCCAGUUGCCAGUCCUGUAGAUGGCGCUUCGAAUCCGUUUGAUUGGAGUACUAGACAGAAGGAAGGUCAAAGGACCGAUAAUCAUGCGUACGAAGGAUCAACUCGUAUUCUUGAUAUCUUUGAUUUCCCUCCAUCCUUCAAGACACACCAUCUUCAUGAAAUUUUCCAAGAAUACGAAACUAUGCGUGGUGGUUACCGUAUUAAGUGGAUGGAGGAUACUCGUGCUUUAAUUAUCUUUGAACACCCUGCAACCGCACGUAAAGCAUAUUUGGAUAAUGUCACUAAUCAACUUGCCACCAUUAAACCGUAUGAUGGUCCCACGGAUUUUCUUCAAAAAAAUCCUAAUAAUUCUGCGCAACGUAUUCGCCCCGUCACUACUGAUAUGGUCGCCAAGCGUCUCGUUCAUGGCGCCCUUGGUGUUCGUGUUCCUAGAUCUCCUGAACAACGUCAAGUAGAAAAUCAGAUUCUUAGAACAGCUAGAGAUCAACGAGAUCAAAAACGCAAUGAGCAAACUAAACGAUCCCAAGAUUUGGACGCUGCUUUCGAUGAAUAA